CUCCCACUUGCCGGCCUGCCCGCCUGCCCGUCCAAGUGCAGCCCUCCGCACUGUUACAGCAUGACUCUCUGGGAUGGAGAGCUGCCUUUCUAUCCCCAGACCCUGCAUGCCGCCAGCUUCAGCGCCCCGCUGCUCAUUGUCAUUGUGGUGUUCUUGGCCUUGGCCGUCAGCUUCUUGCUCAUCUUGCCCGGGAUUCGAGGCCACUCGCGCUGGUUCUGGUUGGUGAGAGUUCUCCUCAGUCUGUUCAUAGGCGCAGAAAUCGUGGCCGUGCACUUCAGUGCAGAAUGGUCAGUGGGUAGAGUGAGCACCAACACAUCCUACAAGGCCUUCAGUGCAGCCCGCGUCCAAGCCGACAUUGGUCUGCACGUGGGCCUAGAGGGAGUUAAUAUUACACUCACAGGAAUCCCAGUGCUGCAGCUGAAUGAGACCAUCUACUACAACGAGCAAUUCAGGUGGCGUCUGGGCGAGAACUACGCCAAGGAGUACACGGAGGCGCUAGAGAAGGGGCUGCCGGAUCCAGUUCUCUACUUGGCCGAGAAGUUCACUCCGAGCAGCCCUUGCGGGCUCCACCGCCAGUACCGCCUGGCGGGACACUAUGCUUCAGCCACGCUGUGGGUGGCGUUCUGCCUCUGGCUCCUCUCCAACGCGCUGCUCUCCAUGCCGGUCCCGCUUUACGGAGGCCUGGCGCUCCUGGCCACCGGUGCCUUCUCGCUCUUCUCUGUCCUGUCCUUCGUCUCCAUCUCCAGUUUGCCGCUCUGCCCGCUCCGCUUCGGCUCCUCCGCGCUCACCAGUCACUAUGGUGCCGCCUUUUGGGUGACUCUGGCUACCGGCAUCCUGUGCCUCUUCCUCGGAGGGGCCGUGGUGAGUCUUCACUACGCUCGCCCCCGCGCUCUUCGAAUCUUCUUGGACCAAAGCGUCAAGAACCGCGGUAACCAGACGAGAGAGGACUCGCCUGUCAACUUUAGCAACCCAGUACACAAGCAGCUCGAGGCCUCGGACUUAACGAUCAGUACUAGCCUGUGA